AUGGGAACAAGUAGAGCGAACAGGUACAGCAUUGUGUCUGAUACUUUACCAGAAGAAGAAAGGCAGAAGAUCUCUAGCUUAGGACUCCAUAACGGCCACAUGAUGAACAACUACAACGGAAAGGUUUUGACAAGGGGCUCCAACCAAGUACGGAGCCGAUUUGUGAAGAAAAAUGGACAAUGUAACGUUGUGUUCACCAACAUGGAAGAAAAGGGGCAGCGCUAUCUAGCUGACAUCUUCACCACCUGUGUGGACAUCCGCUGGAGGUACCUGUUGGCUGUAUUCUGCACCAGCUUUCUUGUCUCCUGGCUGUUUUUUGGUUUAAUCUUUUACACUGUUGCCCUGGCACAUGGGGACUUUGAAGAGCACCCUACACUGAAGGGUGAUGGACUGGCAGCUGGAGGUCUGCACGGAGCCACAUCUGGACAUACAACUGGAGAGCAAGCACAAAGGAUGCCCUGCAUACUUCAUGUUCAGGGGUUUAUUGGGGCGCUCCUGUUCUCCAUGGAGACCCAAACUACUAUUGGUUACGGAUGGCGCUGUGUUACCGAGGAGUGCCCUGUUGCUGUGAUAACAGUGGUGAUACAGUCCAUAGUAGGCUGCAUCAUUGACUCUUUCAUGAUUGGCACCAUUAUGGCCAAGAUGGCUCGGCCAAAGAAGAGGAACCAGACCCUCAUGUUCUCCAAAAACGCUGUCAUUGCACUGCGUGAUGGCAAGCUGUGCCUCAUGUGGAGGGUGGGGAACCUGCGGAAGAGCCACAUUGUGGAGGCUCACGUCCGUGCCCAGCUCAUACGUUCGUAUGUCACAGCUGAGGGCGAAUUCAUCCCUUUAGAGCAGAUGGACCUCAAUGUGGGCUAUGAUGAGGGCACAGACAGGCUGUUUCUAGUAUCUCCACUGGUUAUAGUCCACGAGAUAGACAAAGAUAGCCCCUUGUAUACUUUGAGCCGAGCUGAUCUGGAGGCAGAUGACUUUGAGGUCGUUGUGAUCCUGGAGGGAAUGGUGGAGGCCACAGCCAUGACCACCCAGUUCCGUAGCUCCUACCUUUCCAGAGAGAUCUUCUGGGGUCACAGGUUUGAGCCUGUGAUCUACGAGGACCGCGACCGCUACAAGGUAGACUACGCACGCUUUCACAAGACAUACGAGGUGCCGUCAACGCCCCAUCUCAGCGCCAAAGAGCUGGAUGAAGCUGCGAGCAGGGCUUCUUCCGCUGCUUCUCCUGCGUCUGCAUGCAGAGCCACAAAAGACUUGAUCCCUAUGUCGCUUAGCGCCUUCUGCUAUGAGAACGAGGUGGCAUUGAGCUGUGGGGAGGAAGAGGAUGAUAUAUUUGACUCUUCUCAGAUUGUAGGGAAGGAGAGGGCAGAGGAAAGAAGGACUUCAGUUUCUGUUGACUUCCAAAAUAUGUUCCACGACAACUCGACUGUGACUUCAGGCAGUCACAAUGUCAUGUGUGUUCUUGACAUGGACAAUAACCAGAUGGAGUUUGAUAUCUUACAGACUGCAAUUCCUCUUGAUCCAGUGACCUAUAAGAGCGAGCAAGAGAUUCAGUGA